AUGAUUCCCGAGAUUAGCAGCACGAACCUCGGAUGCAACAAGAAAUACAUCACUCUCUUCAUCGACCUCGACGCCAUCCUACCAGGAACCCAUAUCCAAUCAGUCAUUCUACACUGGUACCAGCCAAACCUCAUGGUGGAUUGUACAAAGCCGUCACCCCCUUCCACAAUCGUUCCAGGAAAGGACCACGGGGACAGACAUAAUCCGGCAGCCUCGUACAUAGCUCCUCGUGCACCACCAAACACGCAUCAUCGCUACGUCUAUCUCCUUUUCGCGCAGCCCCCAUCCUAUCAAUUUCCGAAAUGCUUCGCACAUGUGUUCCCUGAGACUGUUAGCGCACGUGCCGGAUUCGAUAUCAGGAAGUUUGUUCAGGCAGCAGGGCUAAGCCCUCCCAUUGCUAUGAACUAUUUCAUUGGCAGACAUGAACCUGCCGAGGGAGAGACCACCACCAUGCCUGACAGUGCGACAACGACCUCGUUCCGUUCCGUGGAUUGUCACACGAGCACAGCCGGAUUGGUGGCAUGA